AUGGGAAAAAACAAAAAAGUUGAACAAAACAAAUUAAUAGUUGUUGAGUUCAAAGUUUCAAUGCAUUGCAACGCUUGUGAGAGAAACGUUGUAAAAGCCAUCUCCAAAUGUAAAGGAGUGGAAAAGUUCAUUACUGACAUGAACCAACACACGGUGGUGGUAACCGGACGAAUCGAUCCGAAAAAAGUAUUGAAGAAAUUAAAAAAGACAACAGGAAAAAAAGUCGAGAUUCUGUCAAACAAGGACGAGGAAUCAAACAGUGAACCAGACAGAUUAGUUAUAAUACCGCCACUUCCCUUUGAAAAUGAUUGUUGCAUAGAAACAGAAGAUUUGAAGAUGUUCAGUGAUGAAAACCCAAAUGCAUGUUCAAUGAUGUAG